GACGUCAAUCGCAUCUGAAUGAGCAGAACUCUUCUACAGCACUCUCCGUUCUUGAUACAGCCCAUAUCGCCGUUUAUAAUAUCAGAAAUUAGACAUGGUUGGCGUGCCGGGUCGAUCAAAGGCGUGUAUAACAUGCCGGAAGCGGAAGAAAGGCUGUGACUUACAGAGACCCUCCUGUGGGCAAUGCCGGAAAGCUUGCAUCCCUUGUGGGGGGUACGCCAGAGAACGCAAGUUCGUCAACACAACCCUGCAGAGGUCGGGUGUGGUGCUUUCCCCGUCAUUGGCCAGUUCGGCAUACCAGGUGAAGUGUCUAGACCUGUUCUGGGGCAUCCACCUGCCCAAUGGCUGGUCUAUCCCAUCCGAAGCGACGAAACAGGCGCUUGGGGGGAGCUGGUUUGACACGGUUCAGCAUCUGUGCCCUGCAGAUGAUAUUCUCCGGAAGGCCGCUCUCGCCAUCUCUCUGAACACUAUUGGGAGUAUGGACGGCAAUAAGGGCAUGAGAGAUGAGGGGUUGAGAUUUUAUGCAGAGGCACUGAAGGAGUCGGCCGUGGCCUUGAGUUCCCGCCAGUGGAAGAUGCGGGGGGAUGCUCUGCUCGCCGCGGCGAGGCUGUUCAGUCUAUACGAGGGCAUGCGCGGUUCAGAUGAAGAAGACGUCCCGAUUCAGAUUCGAAGUUGGCUAGCACAUAGCAAGGGGGACAUGGCCAUUGUUGCGGCCAGGUCGCCAGAGAGCUAUGCGACAGGACACGCGCAUCGAUUGUUUACAGAUGGGAGGUGGUACUUGGCAACCGUGGCUCUCAGAACAAGGAAGAGGUUGUUUCUGUCGGAUCCAGCAUGGAAGACUCUUCCCUGGAGCCAGCAUGAUAAAAGCCCCAGAGACUACCUACUGGACAUACUUGUCGACAUUCCUUCGCUAUUUAAGGAACUCGACACCAUGGGGUCCUACAGCAACCCGACUGAGGAGGAGAGACUCAGAAGACGGAUCUGGAAGGGAUAUCUGCGACUCGAUCGGCUCCUCGUUGACUGGCACGCUACCCACGCUCCCUCAGAAGCCAUGUCGCCGUGGCAUCUCGACCGAGUUGAGAUACCGCAGUCUAUUACCCCUGUCAGUCUUGCCGCAGCCCACCUCAUGACUCUGUAUUGGACAACCUCGAUUGUUCUCUACAGUCUGGUCAGAGAUGUCUUCCUGUUCGCCACUUCCAAUAGCAAUCAACCCCCCCUGCAGGAAGACGACAGAUCCGCAGACAAUGACCCCAACAUCUCGUGUCGGAACCUCAUCCGGACUAUUCCCAUCUUCUUCCAUCCAGACGCGGGAACCUACCGAGUCCACCUCGCCACUUUCCCCAUCAGUGUCGCGCUAGUUUAUUUAAGCCGCAUGGUCAAGCCGGGGGAGAUGCUCGUGGAGCGGGAACUAUUCGACUCGUGCCUGCGCAAGCCCGAGUGCGCCACAAUAAGGAAGUUCCUGGCCAGUAUGCGAUCAGAGAAGGCCUGGGGGGUGUAUGAUGUGUAUCAGGAAUCUCAAGUGGAAGGAAGUACACGGUUAGACCUGCUCUAAGCUGUGAAAUGAGGCCUCCUUACAUAACCUAGGGAGAGCUGCAGCCUGCAGGGGCGCGGGGCUUGGAGUACUCAACAACCCUCCCGGUUGGAUUCCUUCUUUUCUUUCCUUUUCAG